AUGCCAGUCCUCGCUGACCUCCUCUCGCAAUAUCCUAUCAUCACAAGCCUCAGCGCCUUCGUCUCGACAUCGGAUCUUCACCACCUCGCUUUGACCAGUCAUGCGUGCCGCGCUCCGAUCGCACGCAGCUUUGAGAGGUUGAUGCGGGACUGCUUGUGCGACGGCCGUGGUCUGAAGAUGCGGCAGAAUUUCGAAGGACCGUACUGGUGUCGCGAUCACGACUGGGGUGGUGCACUUCGUCGUAGCAUUGGCUCUGGCGCAUCUUUUGAUGAGCCGGUCGAAGUGCGGAUCUGGAAUACAGUGUGCGAUACAGCCGAAGCUCUGCCAUGUCUGAAGUGUGGCAUCAACAUUUGUGAAGAAUGCCGCGUCUAUCGGCGCGAGGAUGUUCACCGCAGCAAACCCCAUCGGCGACCGCAUCUGAGUAGUAUAGUACACGCGGGACAGAGGGAGAAUCUGAAAAGGAACUUGAUCUACCUCUGUCCAGAGUGCGAUGUCGCAAUGGAGCAACAAAUUCUGCAAGGGCACCAAUUCCUCAACCACUUGGGUACCACUACUCGUGUAUAUGCGGUGCCUCCGUGCCCCCUUCGAUUAGACCUCGCUGCGCGUGGUGCACACGUCGACAUCUGCCCGAGAGUGAAUGGCCAGGCGAGAGGCGCGAGGUUGACAACAAACAGCCAGUUUUUGACGAGAUGGACCCAUGCUUUCCGUCAUAUCUCGGACGAAGGAAACCGUAUCCGAAGCUGGCCCCGGACCAGCGAACACAACUCCCCCAAACGCCAGAACAACAAGCACGAACAUUCCCGGAUAGAAGCAGCCUCGAGCGCGAUGGCGUGGAUGAGCGCAAUGCCAGCGGUCGAGCUCGUGGACGGUGAGGCCGAUGAUGAGGGUGACGAAGACGCCAAGGAGGACUAA